GCUUUUGCAUGCAUAACACUGUCCUGCAAAUCAUCAAGUAGCGAGUAUGGCGCAACUCGACGACCAUGCUCUCGAGGUUCUUGGCGAGGACCUCUGGGCGCGCCUCACGCCUGAGCUCAUCCAAGAGAUCAGUAGCUACUUGCAUCCUAAUGAAGUUCUUAGCAGCGUCAAACUGCUCAACCGGGAGAUCGCGGAAUGCCUCCGCGACAGCUUUCGCACUUUCGUUCUGGGCCGCAAACAAGGGGACCGAGUAUGGAACCCUGAAAAGCUACAUCACGCGGAGCAGCCCUGGCCCGGCCGGGACUUUGUGGCGCACUGGGGCGGGCCCAGCCCCUGGCGCAGCCUCAGCCUGGCCCAACGCCACCGGCUGCUGUGCCUAGCGGCCUCGUCGGGCCACCUGCCCAGCCUGGACGCGGCGCUGGCGCACUGCGGCUGCACUCUGACCUCAGGGGCUCUCGCUUCAGCAGCGGCCGGCGGCAGCGUGGCGGCGUGCGAGCGGCUGCUGGGCGCGGGCGCUCCGGCGAGUUGCGAGGCCUAUGGACAGGCAUGUGUGGCAGCAGCGGCGGGUGGCCACAUGUCCGUGCUGCGGCUGCUGCUCGACCGCACAAGGCUAUCAAAAGCAGAGUCAUCGUACACUGCAAGCUGCGCUGCGGCAGCACGGGCGGGCCAGUUGCCGGCGCUGCAGCUGCUGCUGGAUUCGCCAGCAAGCGGCGCUGUCUGCGCACGGGUCAUCAGGAAUGCCGGUACCGGCGCCUGCGAGGGCGGGCAGCAGGACAUCCUCGUCUGGCUGCAGCAGGCGCACGGCUACAUUCCCAGCCUGGUAGACGCCGUAGCGGCGGCGCGGGGGGGUCAGGUGGCGUUGUUAGAGCAGCUUCUGUCGCCGCUGGUUCUACAGCCGGACCGCUUGGAAUCUGAGUUGGCAUCUGGCGGAAAUGCCGCAAAGCAGCCCCUAUACCGGAGGUGGAUAGUGCUUGAAGCUAUCACCGCCGGCUGCCCUGUGGAGGUCCUGCAGCGGCACCACGACCGGCUGUGGUCGGUGGCCGCGAACGCGAACGAGGCGCGGAGUGAAGAUGCAGCAGCAGCAGAGGCAGCAGCAUCCAGUAACAAAAUUCGGCGGCAACUUCUGCUGGCUACUGCGGGCAGCGGCACGGCCUGCUGGGGCCGUAAGCUGGACUUUUUCAUGUCGGCUUGGGGCCCAGACGGGGUGGCGCGCGAGCUGCAGCAGAGGUUCGACCUCACAGCUUUCUGCAAUGCUGCAGCGUUGCGACCAGACUACGCGCAGCGGCUGCGGCGCCUGCACGCAGCGGGCAUGCCCCUGGGAGUGCAGGCGCUGAGGUAUGCAGCUAGGUUCGGGCACAUCGACGCGCUCAAAUAUCUCUUAGACGAGGCCGGCGCACCCGCAGCAGCCAUUGACACGGCGUUUGUGCGGUCCUAUGUAUCUGAGCGCGGGCCUCAGCUUGCGGACUCGCAACUGCUAAGGUUGCUGAAGGAGCGUGGCUACGCUUUCACAGCAGCAGACGUGAAGGCGGCAGCGCGCUGGGGCUGGCCGGAUGAGCCGCUGAUUGCGCUGAUUCAGAUGGCGGUGGACGGUGGCGCAGAAGACGCCAAUGGUAGCGACUGGUCAGCAGCAUUCAAUUAUGCAGCCAUCGGCGGAGCCAGCACUUGCGUUCUGCAGGCGCUGCGGGUGCGCGGCGCGGCUGUGGACCUGGCGGCGGUGGCGAAGGGCGGCAGCGAGGAGGCACUGGACUGGGCGGCGGCGGAGCUGGAGGCGGAGGGGCAGGGAGGCAGCUCUGAUGGUGGUGCGCUGCUGGUGAGUGUGAGUGGUCGCGAAGAUAUCGUGCAAGCAUACCUUGAAGGGGAGAAACCACGGAGCUGGGUGUAAGCCUAUGAAACUGCCCUCGGGAUAUCCGGUAGCUUUUAUCGUCUUACACUGUGCAGACACUUUCAUUCCGUGAACUCAGCUACCGUCAGUUUACACGGCGGCGUCACAUGCAUCUCUAUAGCCUCAACAAUCCCUUUGACGUGCGCCGCGUGUAUGCUUCUUACUGAUACAGACGCCACUGCGGGAGUCUGAGGUCCAGUGUGUACAUGAGCGCGGCAACCUCGCCGCACUGCACUGGCUGCACCGGCGCGGACUGCUGGACGGCCGCAGUGUGAGCCGGCUGGCUGGCCGCGUGGAGCUGGGGGCGGCGCCUGCAGCAGCCGGAGGCGCCGAGCGCUGAGCAGGGCUGCAGGAUGGGGGCAGAAAAUUGUCAGUGGAUGGGGUAGGGCAAGUACUGGCGGCGGAGACUGUGGGGGCUCUUGGGCCAUCGGCGUUCUGAGUAAUUUGGCCAAGCGUUUGCUGAGAGCAGACUCCAUGGCUGCUUAAGGUCGCUGGCGGUUUGGUUGGGUUCUCCGUCCCAGCCUUGGUCGUGGCAUGUAUGUUGGCCAUUGCAGACGGCAUCACGCACGUAGGCGGACAGGGUGCAUGCGAGGAGAGGGAAUGCUUGAGGUUGGGGCACUGUGUGAGGACUGAGGGCCGUGCUGCUGCUGCGUUUGCUGCUUGCGAGGUAGGGCACAGUAGUGGCACGGUGGCCUGCUGGCGGGCGACGCGGCGCCGUGUGGGGGGUAGCUACUUGGCACAAAUGCAAAGGCAUGGACCUGCAUGCCUCAUGUGCACAGCUAGCGUGCGUGCGUGCGGUAUCGCCAGAUGCUGCAGCGUUCGUGGUGUUCUGGUAUGUUGGUGGUAGAGGCACGCACGUCGCUGCUGGGGGCUGGAGGUUGUUGCGGGAGGCGGUGGCGUGCUGAGGGGCGCAUGCCGCCAUGCGGUGCGGGCGGCAGGAGGCGCUGUGUAGCAGCACAGCGGCUGUGAGCUGGGAGGUUCGAGCUGGUGGGAGCUGCGCGGUUGGGUCCAUGCCGGGGCGCUAGGUUGGACUGGCUGAAGCUG